AUGCAAGAUCAGAGUGCAAUUGAUGAAUUAAAGAAGUUGGAAGAUUUAUGUGAAACUCGAAAUGAUUGGUAUACAAAAGUAGAAACAGAAAAGAAGAAAAAAGGUGGAAAGAGAAAUCCUACACCAAAAGUCCAAGCUGAAGAAGGAUCAUCUUCUCAACCACAGAAGAAACAAGAAGAUGAGACAGAAGCUAAUGUUGAAAAACAUCAAGAACAAUUAACUCCUGAAACUGAGCAGUUGUUGAAAGAUAUUGAUGAUACUUUAGAAGCUGAGAAAUCAGCUAGUAAGAUAGUAGUUGAUGAUGAAGAGGAGAGUUCAUCUGGUUCAGAAGUUGAUAUUGAUGCUGAAGUUGAACGUUGGAUCAGAGAAAAUUAUGAUCCAAAAGAUAAGAGAAACAAAAGAAGAGAAAGAGGAGUUCUGAUGAUGAUGAUGAAACAUAUGUUCCACCAGAGAAUGUUCAGCUUUGUGAAUGAUGAUCUUGUGAAGAAGUUGCAAAAGAAGGUGAAUGAGGUGUUAAGUGAGAAAAAGAAGUUAGAGGAACGUGUCAAGUCUGUUGAAUCUAAGAAUUCAUCUUUGUUGAAAAAGAUUGAAGCUGAUCAAGUCGACAUAGAUAUUCUGAAAGUUCGAAUAGCUGACUUGGAAGAAGAAAAGUCUCGAAGGGAUGAGCAGAAUGAGUACUUCAAGUUGAAAAAUCAAGAGUUAGAAGCCAAGAAUGCUAAAAAGGAACAUGAAGAGUAUAUGUUAAAGAAAGUGUUGGAAGAUUUGAUUGGUAAGCCGAUUGAACAAAGGUUUGAAGAGAUAGAACUUGCGGAAGUACGAGCAAGACGUGAAGCUGAAAUAGAAGCUGGAAUGAAAGAUAAGGGUAAAGAUGUUCUAGCUGAAGAUGAUGUUCAAGUGACUGAAAGGGAAAUUGUUCUGACUGAGCCGAAAUCCCCGACAAAAGUUCUAGAAUCAUCUAUUCCAGCUCCUUGUCCAUUAACUUCAGUACCUGGUGUGACUAAUAUCGAAGAUGAUGAAGAAGAUGAAGAUGAUAAUCUGAAAGAUGAUGCAGAUGAAGUAUAUUCUGUUCAUAGCGAUAAUGAUGAUGAUAAUGGAAAUGAUGAUGCUGAUCAAGACAAUGCAAACGAAGAACCAGAAAAUGCAGGAGGAGAGGGGGAGCAUGGUGAUGCUGAAAAUGUUGAUGAGAUUGUUGAUCAGGGUGCAGGUUUGAUUCUACGUCUUGAACAUGAUGUAGAGGAAGGUGAGAUAUUGCAUAUUUACACUAGAGCUGAGAUCAUUAAGAUGAUGAAUGUUGAAGAAAAUGAGUUUAACUUCGAUUUUGAAAAGGAGUUGAACGAGUUUGAUAUCAAUCAUCAACCUGCAUAUCAGUACAAGUAUGUUGAAGAAGCUGAUAAUUAUGAUAAAGUGGAAGUAGAAGACUGGAGCGAUGAUGAUCAGUCUAAGAAUGUUGACUCUGAUACUUCUAGCUUUCCAACUCUUGCCGAGUUAUUUAGUCAAGCAAAUGAGGAUGAACUGAGAAGAAAAGUUGCUGAAAGUGUUAAGAGUAAGAGUUUUAGAGAAAUGUCUAAAGAAGAACAACGUGAAGAACGAAAGAAGUGGUUCAGGAUGGAUACGGAAAGAAAAUACAAAAGACCAAUACAGUAUUACAGAAGGGAUAGAGAUGUUUCUCUGGGUUAUAUCAUAAGCUGGGGGUACUUGCCACAAGUCAACGCCUAUGCUAUUAGAAGAGAAUUUGGUGUUCAAUAUUUCCAAUAUAUUCAAGAUAUAAUGUCUCUACCUUGGUGGGAUGUUGAAGAGUUGUCCCAGGCAGAACAUUAUCAUAUCCAGUCAGAGUUCAUGAUAAGCUAA